AUGGGGAUGUUUGGCGGGCUGCUGGUGCUGCUGGUGCUGCUGGCUGUAGCUUCACAAACUGUCGCAAAGCCCAAAAACCGCUUCAUUCGUUAUCCGUCAUGGAAUAGCAAGAUGUACCCGGUCUGGAAAGAUGGUGACCAGAGAUACAAAGACUCCUGGAAAGGUGGACGAGUGAGCUUCAAUGUCGGGAACGACUCUCCCACUCUGACCGGAGCUAAAGUCACCUUCACCAUCGAGCUGGAGUUUCCUCACAACCAGAGGGUGGAGCCAGAUGGAAGCGUGGUCUGGGCUAAGGACUGCACAGUCAACGGAACCAAGUAUUUUGCUUCUGACCCAGUAUACCCACCACACAGCGCUGACUGGGAAGCUGUUUUCCCUGAUGGAACACCAGUGGGAAAAGACCAGAGGCCAGCCUAUGUGUUUGUGUGGAAGACCUGGGGUCAAUACUGGCAGGUUGCAGAUGGACCAUCCUCCUCCCUGACCAUUAAUACAGACGACAUCCCCCUGGGCUCGUACACCAUGGAUAUUGUUAUUUAUCACUAUCGGAGCAAAGAGAAGUUCAUUCCUCUGGGAUACGCCUCCACCCAGUUCUCCAUCACAGAUCAGAUCCCCUUUGCUGUCUCCCUGGACCAAGUGAACGAUGCUGUGGCUGGGGAUUUUAACUUCAUUCAAAACAGGGCGAUUGCCUUCACAGUCACCUUGCAUGACCCCAGCGAGUACCUCAGUAAUGCAGAUAUCACCUUCAACUGGGACUUCGGGGAUGAAAGUGGAGCCCUCAUAUCCAGAGAGCUUACAGUCACCCACACCUAUAUCAGCUCUGGGUCCUACAAGCCUCAGGUGGUGAUCCAGGCCGUCAUCCCAGACAAAGCCUGCGACCCACCGGCUGAUAGUCCAACCACGGCCCCUGGUCCUCCUGCUGAUCAGGCUACCACAGUGAGAGCUCCUGCUCUGGUGUCUGCUUUACCCCUACUGGUUUCCACCAAGCCAACUGGAAUGGAUGCCAACCUGGUUCUAUCGGACACAGAGGAGGACAACGGCGAAGGUGAGGCCUCCACUGCCUCCGUUCCGCAGUCAGCCCAGGAAACACCCACAGUGGAAAAGACUUCCACUCUUCUAAACCAGCUGCCGGCUGCAGGCCAGACCAGGAACAAGCUAGCGGCAGAUGCACGGAGGACAGUGAUGCUAACAGGCCGAGCUGCAGCCGUUGUUGUAGCUAAGAGGGCUGCUGACAAUAAACCGUCUGAUGAUGACUGUGUGAUCUAUAGAUAUGGCUCCUUCUGCACUGGCAUUGAGAUUUUUGAGGGCAUUGAAAAGGUUAAGAUUGUGCAGAUGGACAACACUGUGGUAGCAAAACCUGGAAUGGACACCAGUGUUUUAGAUGUCACUGUUACCUGCCAGGGAAGUUUUCCAAAGGAGGUGUGCAGUAUGAUUCUGGAUGCAGAGUGUUUGAAGCCAAUUCACACAACAUGCAACGUGGUGGAGCCCUCCAAGGAGUGUCAGCUGGUGUUGCGUCACUUCUUGAAUGACUCUGGGGUCUACUGCAUCAAUGUUUCCUUGUCAAAUGAUGUUAAUUUAGCCGUCACCAGUGCCAAAGUAAACGUCGACAUGGGCUCAGGUGUUUCCUCUCCUGGACCUGUUGUCAUGCUGCUGGGUGUCCUUGUACUACUUCUAGCAGUGGGGAUGGCGGCAUACUCCUACAAGCGCUUUAAGUCCUACCGUUCUUUGAAGGAAGACAUCUCUGCAUCUGAAGGCCUUCAGCAUGUGCGGGCCCUCAACUGUUCGGGACCAUCAAUGUUCUGGACCUCCCUUACCAGACAAGGAGCCAUUGACAACUGUCCCCUGCUACAGGACAGGCUACAGUGAAUUCUACAAAACUCAACAGCAUCUAAUCUAAAAAAAAUGACAAACUCCUGGGAUCUUUUUUUUAUAUACUUUUUUAAAAAACAUGUUUUUUCUUUUUGUUACUUUUGGAUUUAAAAAAUUCAAAUGUGUAAUCAGCAAAAAUCAGAUGAAUAAAAUCAUACUUAAUCCUGAAAUCAUGUCUUAGAAAUGCAAUUUGUUUUUUGUUUUUUUGUAUGUU